UUGGCUGUUCGCGGUGCUGCCGCCCCAGCGCUCCCCCGGCGCUCCCCGGCCAUGGCGGCGCGGGGCCGCUGCCCCGAGUGCGGCUCGGGGUCCCUGGUGGAGGACGCGCACUACGCGCAGCAGCAGCUGGUCUGCGCCGCCUGCGGCUGCGUCCUGUCCGAGGGGCUGCUCACCACCACCUACAGCGACGAGGAGCAUCUGCGGGAGGUCGCCUAUUCCCAGAGCACUGGCCAGAAGGAGCAGGUCAGCCGCUGCCUGCAGCGAGGGAUCCGGCGGGUGCAGGACCUGUGCAAGGUGCUGCAGCUCCCGGCGGCGUUCGAGGAGACGGCCGUGUCCUACUUCCAGCGGGCUCUGCAGCUGCCUGCCUUCCGCCUGGCCAGUCUGGAGAAGAAGGAGCUGCUGGGGGGAUGCUGCGUGUUCGUGACGUGCCGCCAGCGCAGCUGGCCCCUGACCAUGGGCACCGUCUGCUCUCUGCUCUACGCCAGGCACGACCUGUUUGCCAGUGUCUACCUCAGCCUGCAGAAGGAGCUGGGGCUCUCGGUGCCCGCCCUGAGCCUGGCAGACCUGGUGACAACACACCUCAACAGCUUCCGGCUGCUCCAGCCCACAGCCAACGUCCCUGCAGCGUUCCUGGAGGACAAGGAGCAGCUGCUGGCCCGGACCAUGGCCAUUGUGGAGCUGGCCAGCCAGACGUGGCUGGUGACAGGCCGGCACCCCGUGCCCAUCGUCACGGCCGCCGCCUUCCUGGCCUGGCAGUCGCUGCGGCCCGGCCCGCGCCUCUCCUGCCCCUUGGCGCGGUUCUGCCGCCUGGCAGGGGUGGAUCUGCCCCCCCCCGCCCACCUCAGGCUGAAGGAGCUGCUGGAGAUCCUGCUGGGAAUGGCCUCCCAGCUCUCCUGGCUGCGCGGCUUCGCCUUGGACAGGAAGAUGGUGGUGAAGCACAUCGGGGACCUGCUGCAGCACCGUGUGUUCCUGCUGAAAAACGCCUUCAGCCAGCAUGGGGAGGAGCAGCAGGACCCGGCCCCAGGCCAGGGCUGCCCCAGCCAGGGCUCUGUGGGCUUGGGCUCCCCGGGUAAGGACUGCCUGGAUAAGGGAUCCCCAGGCCAGGACUCUAUGGGCCCGAGCUCUCUGGAUAGAGGUUCCCCAGAUAAGGGAUCCCUGGAUAGAGGUUCCCCAGAUAAGGGAUCCCUGGAUAGAGGCUCCCCAGAUAAGGAGUCCUCAUGCCAGGACUCUGUGGGCUCGAGCUCCCUGAAUAAGGACUCCUCAGGUAAGGGUUCUCUGGAUAAGGACUCUCCAGGCGAGGACUCUCUGGGCCCAGGCUCCCCAGAUAAGGACUCCCUGGAUAAAGGCUCCCCAGAUAAGGGAUCCUUGUCCCAGGGCUCUGUGGGCUUGAGCUCCCUGGAUAAGGACUCCCCAGGUAAGGAUUCCCUGGAUAAGGGAUCCUCAUCCCAGGGCUCUGUGGGUCUGAGCUCCCUGGAUAAGGAUUCCUCAAAUAAGGGCUCCCUGAAUAAAGGCUCCCCAGAUAAGGGAUGCCCAGGCCAGGACUCUGUGGGCUCGAUAUCCCUGAAUAAGGGCUCUCCCAGCUCUCCUCCAGGAGCACAGCAGCAGGGCCGUCCCUGGGCAGGGCCAGCCCGGUGUGGGGGUACCCUGAGGCCCCUGCUGCCCCCCUGCCUCCUGCACCCCAGGAAGAGGCUGCGCUCAGCAGCUCCGAGCGCUGCGGCCACCACAGGCGACGAGCCCAUCUCGGACAGCGAGAUCGAGCAGUACCUGCGCAGCCCCGAGGAGAUCCGUGCCCUCAGCAAGGCCAGGGCCUGCCUGUGAGCGGGCCAGGGACACUUCUGGGACCAAAAGCAUGAAGGCCACCAAGGACAGUGAUUGUGCUGCAGAGACAGUCACCCAGAGAAUGAUGUUGUGGGGAGGGAGGACCCUCCUUAAUGUGCUGGACCAAAAUGGGGCUUUUUAUGGAGGGACAGCUUCAGGUCAUGAUACAUUUCUGUUACAAAUAAAAGUGCAGGUGCCAGGUUUUCCAAGGCAGUCUCACCUUGGACUUCUUCAGCAAAGGGUCAAAAAACUGCAGGCCAGGCUGUAUUUGAACAUGAAGUCUGAGAGAAAUUACAGUAGAUCUUGGCAGAUUGGCAUAUCUUUAAUAUAUUAAACAAAACAUAUCUGCUAGAAACAUUCUAUUCAUAUAAAAAUGCAAAAAGACCCCUUUAAAGACAUUUCUUUGGCAUAUUUCCCUCCCCUCCCCCCGGAUAUUUCAGGAAGCUCUGUUGAUAUGUCAUUCGCUUGUAAACAGACAAAACAAAGUGUAAUUAAGAAUACAAAGCUUUUUCUC